CAAAUGUCACUAAAUAUUGUUGAUUAAAAUUCCUUGGUUUUGAAUUUUUACUACAUACAAAUGCACCAUUGAAGUGAAAAAUAUUAAUUUUAUUUCCCUGCAUAAUAAAACAGGUGAAAUACGGUGACUACUCUAAUCUUAAAGGAUUGUGACAAGUUUGGAGUUAAAAUGUCCGGCUAUCCAAAUCCUAAUGACUACUCCUGGCAACCUCAAAACAAUACUCCUAACUAUUCAUUCAAUACGUCGAAUUCAUUUGGUGAUUCACAAACUUUAGAUUUUCAGAAUUUCACUGCUGACCAGCAAAAUUACUCUUAUGAUCAAGGACAGAGUAUUCCUGCUAACAACAAUCAGUACUAUAAUCCUAAUUUAUUCACACCUGCACCUAUACCUGGGGAAUCAACCACAGAAACUUCAGAAUUUGAUGAACCCCCACUUCUUGAUGAGUUGGAGAUUUACCCAGACAGAAUACUAGAAAAAACUUUAGCAGUUCUAAAUCCUUUCCAUGGACAAUCCAAAGCAGAUGAUGCAAAUUUCUUACUCAAAGACACAGACAUUGCUGGACCAAUAGCGUUUUGUUUAGCAUUAGCUGUGUGUCUAUUUCUUUCCGGGAACAAAGCACAUUUUGGAUAUGUGUAUGGCUUAUCUCUAAUGUCUGUUUUUCUGAUGUACUUUCUACUAUCACUAAUGAGUCGCACAGAAGGUGUAUUCACUAUAUACAGUGUAGCAAGUGUGUUAGGAUACUGUAUGCUUCCAAUGGUAGCCUUAGCCGGCUUGGGCAUAUUUAUAACACUUGAUGGCAAUAUAGGCUACAUUUUGUCUGCAAUAGCUGUUAUCUGGUCGGCUCUAUCAGCUAGCCGUCUAUUUGUUACUAUGUCUGGUGAUGCAGAACAAAGACCACUCAUUGCAUACCCGUGUGCUUUAGUUAAUGGAGUUUUUGCUCUACUUGUUUUAUUUUAAGUCAAUUUUAUUGUCCAGGCCCAGUUAAGACAGACACAGAAAUAAGAAUGUUUUUUAUACAUUCACUUGCUUUUUAUUGUACACUGUUAAUUAUAUUACAGAAGGAACACUUUUUUAUUUACCAGCUAUUUCUUACUUAUACUAGGAUAUAAUAAAUAAUAAGGAAUAAAAUAUAUUGUGUAUAAAAA